AUGAUGGAAGAGAAGAAGCCAUUUGUUGCUUUGAGUGAAGAUAUUCAGGCUAAAUUGGAUAAGAAAUUGGGUCCUGAGUAUAUUUCCAAGAGGGUUGGGUUUGGUUCUAGUAGAGUUGCUUAUAUCGAAGGUUGGAAGGCUAUAAAUUUGGCUAAUCAGAUUUUUGGCUAUAAUGGUUGGUCUACUGAGGUUAAAUCUGUUGUAAUUGAUUUUUUGGAUGAACGUCAGAAUAGGUUUUCAAUUGGGUGCACUGCAAUUGUGCGUGUCACUUUGUCUAAUGGUACUUAUAGGGAGGAUAUUGGUUAUGGUACUGUUGAAAAUGAAAGAAGGAAGGCGGCUGCUUUUGAGAGGGCUAAAAAAUCAGCUGUCACGGAUGCAUUGAAGAGAUCUUUGAGAGGAUUUGGUAAUGCAUUGGGGAAUUGUCUUUAUGACAAGGAUUUCUUAUCAAAGAUUGAUAAGGUUAAGUUCGAUCCUCCUGAUUUUGACGAGGGAAAUUUAUUUAGGCCUUCUGAUGAAAUUAGUGAAAUUUCCAGAUCAAAUACAAUAGAUAAUAAUGAAAUUGGCCAUCCUUCAAAGAGAAGACAAUUAACCAAGGCAGGGAACCUACCAGUAAAUAAAAUUAAAUUAGAGGAAAAACCAAAUCAAAAUAACUAUAAAAUGAUAACACCUAAUACUAAUACUGUUGCUCCGCAAGACGGAACAAGUAAAUUCGAUAACACGAACAAAAUUACUACUACUAAUGAAACUGUAAAUGUCAACGUUGAUAUUACCAACGCUGUCACAUCAAUUACUAAUAAGGAUAGAGAUGAGGAAUUAUUAGACGACUCCCUAAUGUUUAGUGAUGAUCUCCAAGAUGAUGAUUUAAUUAAUAUUGGCAAUACCGAAGAAUCUGUACGAAAGACUGGCCAACCUAUAGUGGAAGCGAUUGAUACAAUUACGGAUUUUGCAAAGCCAGUACCACAUCAAGUUGCUCCUAUGGCGGCAAACAACAAUCACGCUGCGCUCCCUAAUCUUACAAGACCCCCUUUAAAUCCAAGCAAUAAUAUAAACCAUGAACCUGUCACUUUUGUUACGGCCAAAGCUGCCAAUACACUUCAAUCAAAAUCACUAGUCACAAAAGAAAAUGUUUUUGAUCCUAAAUAUCAAGCACAAUCAAUUAAGCAUACUAUUGACCAAACUACAUCAAAACAUAUUCCUGCUAGUAUUUUGAAGGAAAAAGGUGUCACUCCUGCUCGAAAUUCAGUUUAUGAAAAAUUUGCGCCAAAGGGAAAACAGUUGAGUAAUAAUGCCAACAUCAAUAACGAAACAACUAAUCAUGAAUCAGAAACCUCAAAUGUGCAGCAAGGAAUGGCUAAUAAUGUCUUAAGUAAGGAUACAACUGCAAAUUCAAAUUUAGCUAAUUCAGGAAAUGCUCCUCAAAUGACUGCAAAAACCUCAUUAAACUCAGAUUCUUUAAAUCAAAGCCUUUUAUCGAGCAGUGUAUCACCAGCUCCAACAACUCCUAAUCCUAUGAACAAUUUGGCAAAUGCUGGAGAAAACAACCAAGCUCCACUUGGUGCUUUUGCUCCAGCAUCAUCUGCUUCGACCAGUACCACUGCUAGUGCGACACCUUCUAUAUCUUCAACAGAUUCAAGCAAUAUUCAACCAUCGUCAAUGACCGCCAAUACUGCACCAAAAUUUGCACCAUCAAGACCCGUUGUGCAUCCAAAUACGUUUAUUCCAACACCAACUGUGCCCAAACCAGGAAGAAGGGAGGUAGGUAGGCCAAAGAUCAAUCCAUUUCAAAUACGUAAACCUAGUACAUGA